AUUUCAACCACUUUUGUCUAUAAUGUCACAAACUUUUCAACUGAAUUAAGAGACGGAAAUAGAAAUGAAAAUAAAUGGAAAAACAAUCAGUUUAAUGAUUAUUUCAUUGAUGUGUUUCAAGCAUCGGAUGAUCUAAUAUCGACUGAACAAAGGAUCAAACUGUGCCUUAAAUAUCACCCGGAAUAUGAUUAUAAUAAAUUAGAUGAAAGCGACAAAUCGAGCCAACAACAGGCCCGACAACUGCUCCCAUAACUACCCCAACAGCUCCGACACCUUCGCCAACACCCGCACCCACCAAACCCACUACAUUAGACACUACAACUACUCCUACCACAGCUCCAACUACUGCCCCAACUACUGCUCCAACUACUGCCCCAACUACUGCCCCAACUACUACCCCAACUACAAACCCUACCACAACUCCCACCACAAUCCCAACUACAACCCCAACAACCUCUACCACAACUAA